GCGGAGGGACGGUUGCCUAGCAACCCGGGCGCUUAACAGAGGAGCGGGCCAGGGGAGGCGGCUGUGCGAGCUGGGAAGGAGCAGAGGUGGGUGUCUUGGCACAGCCUGGGGGCUCUGAUCCUUCGGCUCCUGCGCCAUGGCCACACUGAGCGUCAAGCCCAGUCAGCGCUUCCGGUUGCCGGACUGGCACACCAACAGCUACCUGUUGUCCACCAAUGCUGAGCGGCAGCGAGAUGCUUCACACCAGAUUCGCCAGGAGUCACGGGUCCUCCGCAACGAGACCAACAAUCAGACCAUUUGGGAUGAACACGACAAUAGGACUCGACUGGCAGAGAGGAUUGAUACCGUCAACCGAUGGAAGGAGAUGCUGGACAAAUGUCUGACAGACUUAGAUGCUGAGAUCGAGGCCCUGACACAGAUGAAAGAGUCAGCAGAGCAAAACUUGCAGGCCAAGAAUCUGCCUCUGGAUGUGGCGAUUGAGUGCCUGACCCUGCGGGACUGUCGGCGCGACAUUGAUGUGGUGAAGGACCCCGUGGAGGAAGAGCUGCAUAAAGAGGUGGAGGUCAUUGAAGCCACCAAGAAGGCCUUGCAGCAAAAGAUCAUCCAGGCCUUUGAGAAGCUCUGCCUCCUGCAGGAAGCUCGACAGCAGCUCAACGCUGACCAUCGGGGCAAAAUGGAGACAUUAGACAUCGACAGAGGCUGCCUCUCUCUCAACCUCAAGUCCCCGAACAUCUCUCUGAAGAUUAAUCCUACACGUGUCCCCAGUGGCUCCACCACACUCCAGCAGUGGGAUGACUUCAGUCAGUUCAACAAGAACCGGGCAGAGGCUGAGAUGAAAGGAGCCGUGGAGCUGAGGGAGGCCAUCGCCCUAACUAUUGCCGAGACCAACAAUGAACUCGAAGCCCAAAGGGUUGCAACGGAAUUUGCCUUCAGGAAGCGGCUGCGGGAGAUGGAGAAGGUGUACAGUGAGCUCAAGUGGCAAGAGAAGAAUACAUUGGAGGAGAUUGCUGAGCUGCAGGAGGACAUCCGGCACCUGGAGGAGGAUCUGCGCAGAAAGCUGCAGAACCUGAAGCUAUGCCACACCCGGCUAGAGACCAGGACCUACCGGCCUAAUGUGGAACUCUGCCGUGACCAGGCACAGUUCGGCCUCACUGAUGAGGUUCACCAGUUAGAGGCAACCAUUGCCGCCCUGAAGCAGAAGCUGGCUCAAGCACAGGACGCUCUGGAUGCCCUGUACAAGCACCUGGCUCGGCUGCAGGCUGAUAUCGCCUGCAAGGCCAACUCCAUGCUGUUGGACACCAAGUGCAUGGAUACUCGUCGGAAGCUGACCGUGCCUGCUGAAAAGUUUGUGCCUGAGGUGGACACCUUCACACGCACCACAAACCGCACCCUGAGUCCACUCAAGACCUGCCAGCUGGAGCUGACCUAGCGAGGGGCUGAGAACAGAGGGGAAGGCUGGUGGGAAAUGAAGUGGAGGCGGGGAGAAUGAAUCAAUAAAGGUGGGGGGUUCUCA